UUCUGGAGGAAGACAAGGAAAGCACGGUCCCGUUUCUUGCAUGACCUCUGCACUGACUUUUAACCUCUGACCUCAUUUAGACGGUUCCCCCCGUUUCCCGCCUCCUGUCAAGAAGAGACAUUUUCGAGCCGCCUGGAGCCACUCGACAUGGGUGAUGAGGACAGCAACUCCAGCCUCGAGGCUGGAUUCCCAGUGGGCAUAGAUCUACGAACACGAGUUCUUCAGUUCGUAGAAGACAGAAUGCAAACUACUCUGCUAACUGGAAUAAUAAUUGGAGCUGCAGUGGCAUUGCCCCUUAUAGGGAUUUUUGUGUUUGUCGUUUACAGAAAGGUGAAGCAAUCUAGACAACCUCAGCCACAAGUGCCUCAGUACAGAUUUCGCAAGAGAGACAAAGUAAUGUUUUAUGGGCGGAAGAUCAUGAGAAAGGUGACAACUCUCCCAAACUCUCUGGUUGGGAACAUGGUGCCUCGUCAAAGGAUGCGGAAAAGAGCAAAGGUUUUGUCUUUGGCUAAGAGGAUUUUGCGUUUUAAGAAGGAGUCUCCAACUCUGCAACCAAAGGAGCCGCCUCCCUCCCUGCUGGAAGCAGAUCUAACUGAAUUUGAUGUGAAGAAUUCCCACUUGCCAUCAGAAGUUCUGUACAUGCUUAAAAAUGUCAGGGUUCUUGGCCAUUUUGAGAAGCCUCUCUUCCUGGAGCUGUGCAAGCACAUGUUUUUUGUGCAACUGCAUGAAGGCGAAUACAUCUUCCGUCCCGGGCAGCUGGAUAACAGCAUCUACGUCGUGCAGGAUGGCAAGCUAGAAGUUUGCAUUCAAGAAAGUGAUGGCACUGAAGUAGUCGUUAAAGAAGUGCUGGCAGGGGAUAGUGUUCACAGCCUCCUCAGCAUUCUUGAUGUUAUCACAGGUCACCCUGCUCCAUAUAAAACCGUUUCAGCCCGAGCAGGAACACCAUCCACUAUACUGCGACUUCCAGCCAGUGUUUUUCAGGAUGUUUUCCAGAAGUACCCUGAAACUCUUGUCAGAAUGGUACAGAUCAUAAUGGUGAGGCUCCAAAGAGUGACAUUCUUGGCUUUGCACAACUAUCUUGGCCUGACCACCGAGCUCUUCAAUUCCGAGAGCCAGGCCAUCCCAUUGAUAUCUGUGGCAAGUGUAACAUCUGGAGGAAGUUCAUACAAAGAGGUGAAAAGACAACUGUCUAAUGUAUCGGAGGAGGAACAGGGAGAAAAGUUGGAGAAAGCAGGGGAUACCUCAGAAACAGACACAGUGAAGACUUCAGGUACAGAGAAUUCUGAGAACCUUCUCAAAAGAAGAGUUUCUUUGACAUCCUCUUCUGGAUCAGCAGAGGCUCUUGGUAGCUCCAGUGGCACUAAAUCAGACUUGGAUAUGGCGUACGAGAGAGCCAGGGUGCAUUUCACACCAGAUGAAGCUCCGACCAGUCCUGUUGUGAGCAAGUCUAUAUUGAAGAAGACUGUGACCGUGACAGAAACUCCCUCUGCGGUUUUCCAUUACAUAGAGGGUGACUUAGCUGCGCCAGAUUCCUGUGCCGGCAAACAAGUUGAUGCCAUCUUCGAAGCUGCUAAGAAAGACCUUUUAACAUUGAUGAAACUCGAUAUGUAA